UUCAAACAUGGCUGCUCCCAUGUAGCGCAGAAAUAUCGGAAACAUUCUUCGAACCGCAACAUGCAGAAUAUCUUGCGGCAUCGUAAACAAACCGUUGCACAGGGCGCAGGAAUGAAGCACAACGAGCAAAAGUCGUCGUCCGAUCGGCUACCAGAAGUGUUCAACGUACAGUUUCCACGAACGGUUUACUACAUAUCGUCUGUCAUAUUGGUCGGUCUGCUACUAAUCCUCGUGGGUGUGCUUGAACUGCGAAAGCUCACGCUAAACCACCAGCUCAUACUGCAGAGUUCGUUGUGGAACUCGGGUGCGGCGUCCCACGAGAACCAGUCCUGUGAUUCUCGGCCAGUUGUAUGGGUACGGGGCAAGAAUAUCGAAAGCGGGUACUUGAAACAUGUUAUCGCUGUGUUUGAACAGCUGGGAUACCGCGUUGGUGAUAAGACGGACGACUGGUCAGUUCUCUGGUCUCACGAGUACCCUUUUGUGGACUUGCCGCACGAAAUGACUCAUUUAAAACCGCACCAACGUGUCAAUCACUUCCCGGGGUCGGGGUACAUCACGAACAAAGUCAGCCUGUCGACGGGAUCUAACUCGGAGCACGUACCCAAAGCCUUCAAGCUGCCCACGCAAAAAGAAGACUUUUUAUCGGAAGCCCAAGGGCAUCCGAGCAAGUUGUGGGUUCAAAAAAGCAACCACCACCGCGGAAUUCGGGUAAAAUCCCUAAAAGAUCUUUCACUGGACCAAAACGGGACGUUCGUUCAAGAAUUCAUUACAAAUCCGUUAUUGAUCGACGGGAAGAAGUUCGACAUCGGCGUUUACACCGUGAUGACUUCACUGAACCCCUUACGAGUUUACACGUACAGCGGGGAUGUACUUUUACGGUUCUGCAGCAGGCCCUACAAUGACCCCUUCGAUCCAGAAGACGUCGACUCCUACGUCGUCGGCGACGAUUACACUCCAGUUUGGCAAAUGCCAUCUUUGAAGAACUUCUACGUAAACGGCAGCCUGUCCAUGAAGGAGUCUUUGAGUCUGUACCUGAGAAAGUCGAAGAAAGACGAAAAGAAGAUGUGGACGGAGAUCGAGAACGCAAUAGCCGACGUCUACUUCGAGAAGGAACGGGACAUGAUCAACGCAGCUUCGAAGUACAAGGCCUCGGGAGGAACGGGACAUUUUUUCGAACUCGUCCGUUUCGACUUCGUCGUCGACGAACACCUCAGGGUGUUCCUCAUGGAGGCAAACAUGUCUCCGAACCUGUCGUCCGCACAUUUUUCGCAGAACAGGAUACUGUACGAGCAAGUCGUGUACAACGUAUUGAGCGUGAUAGGCUUAGGAAACAGGGCUACGAAAGGCACUAAGGACCAUCACGACUCCGUCGUGUCCGACAAGAACAUCAUGGUUUUUCCGGACGCGUGUUUCGCUCAUACUUGUCAGAAGUGCGCGUCAGACGUGAGGUGUAAGCUCUGCCAGAAGUGCCUGACUCGUACUCAGAAACAGACGUUGAAAGACACGUUUGUGGAACAUCUUAAUAGAGGAGACCUGACGAGAAUCAUUCCUGCAAUGAAUAAAGGUGCCUUGAGUCCCGCAAACGAGUUGUUGUGGACGUGGUUCGAAGGGAAAUGUCAGCUUGACCCCCAUUUUUGUGCUUAGAUCCGAGAAAAGUACCUCGGAGGAAUAGCGUGUAAUUCAAGUAACUCGAGGGGGAGGUGCUGAUGCCAGGACCUAAACACAGAGCACCUCAAGCACCUUCUUCCCGAAUCACUGUAAUUUCACGCGUAUUAGCCGUGGCUUAUGCGUGAUUUUCUUUUCAAGCAGCUUUAACGAAAGUAGUGGCAGUGAUUCGUGUCUUCUGGAAGGCCACUGACACAUCAAUCAAUGAAAAAUGCCCAACAAGGGCACAAUCCGAUCUUGGCAGAACACUAGAACUGACCUCCUUUGCUGUACAGCAUGCAUGACCUCGGAGUAGGGACCACAGGGUUUACGGUCUUUUUUUGUCUCGCAAAUCAGUUGCGUCGUAUGGCCCGCGACUUAUCUGCCGAAAAAUGUUCAAAACAUUCCUAAAAACGGGCCCUGCAGCUUAUCUGCGGUGCUGAUUAUUCGCGUGAAAUUACAGUAUUUGAAUUGCGUUUGAUGUUGAAGGAUAUGUUUGUGUUGUCCACGUUUGUAGCCUGCCUUGACCCUUCUUGUUGUGUACAAUGACAUGUAUUUUUAUACUGUUUUACAUGCUGUUUAACAUUUUUGUACAUAUCUGCACGUCUAAUUGCGAUGUUUACGUGCAGUCUGAAUGAUUCUGUUGUAGCUAUUUCUUAUACAAUUUUAUAUUUUUUAUAACCUUUAGACAAUCCACAGUUCUGUACUCAUAUUUAUUACACUUUUUACUCUACGAAUACAUCAUUUUACAUUGUACCGUCCAUUUAUGUAACUUGAAAGGGAAGAGUAUAUACAAGCAGUUCUUAUCGAGUCUAAUAUUUCCACUGCCACGGGUCAUUGACAUCAUUAAUGUGGUAUUGGUACUGUGAUAUGAAAAUAAAAUUAUUGUGUUUUGCCUAA